CACUCUUUUUUUUCCUUUCCACCAUCCUCAUCAGAUCGCUCUCUUUCUCUUUUCUCUCUCUCUCUCUCUCUCUCUCUCUCUCUCUCUCUCUCUCUCUCUCUCUCUCUCUCUCUCUCUCUCUCUCUCUCUCUCUCUCUCUUUCUCAUAAAGAUUCAGAGAAAAGGAUAUUAUUACACUUGAUACUAUUGUCAUCAUCAUCAUCAUAAUAGAAAGAAAAAAAAAAUGGCUCUGAUGUUAGACAACUGCGAUGGCAUAUUACUGUCUUUGGACUCCCACAAGUCAGUUCCGGCUCCAUUCUUGACCAAAACGUAUCAGCUGGUAGAUGAUCCCGCCACUGACCACAUAGUCUCUUGGGGCGAAGAUGACACCACCUUCGUCGUUUGGCGUCCUCCCGAGUUCGCUCGCGAUCUUCUCCCUAACUACUUCAAGCACAACAAUUUUUCCAGCUUCGUUCGUCAGCUAAAUACAUAUGGUUUUAGGAAGAUUGUACCGGACAGGUGGGAGUUCGCCAACGAGUUUUUCAAAAAAGGAGAGAAACAUUUACUCUGCGAGAUCCACAGGAGGAAAACAGCUCAACCCCAAGUAACCACCUUGAACCACCUCAAUCACCAUCACCCACAUCAGUACCCCCAUUCUUCUCUUGGAGUCAACAGCCCGAGUUUCUUUCCAGGUUUUUCGUCCAGCCGUUUAAGUCUCUCCCCGGCUUCUGACUCAGACGAAAACCCGAAUUGGUCCGACUCACCACCGAGAGGUGGAGGAACCGCCGCCGCGGUUGCAGCUGCUGCUGGAGUUGCUGCUGUCAUCACCGCUGGAAAUAACUACAACACCAGUUCAGCGGUUACGGCACUUUCUGAGGAUAACGAAAGGCUUAGGAGGAGUAACACCAUGCUAAUGUCUGAGCUUGCACACAUGAGAAAACUUUACAACGAUAUUAUUUAUUUCGUUCAAAACCAUGUUAAGCCUGUGGCUCCCAGCAACUCAUAUAGCCCUUCUUCUUUACUCGUUUGUAACGCACCAGUAGUACUACCCUCUUCUAUCACUAGUACUACCGCUAAUCAUAGUGCUUCUUCCGUACCUAAUAAGGCGGUAAAUAGUGGUGCUGGUUACUAUUAUAAUAACCCUAAGCCGCAAAGCUCUCCUCCUAGUCAUCACCAGCAUCAUCAUAAUCAUCAUCAUCAAAAUCAGUCUCAGCAACCAGUCACUUCCUUAUCACCAUCCAAUACAACGACAUCCAAGAGCUCGGUUACUAUUCUUGAAGAGCCCGCAAGCAAUUUUAAUGGCGGUUGCAAAACCAAGCUUUUCGGGGUGCCACUUCAUUCGAAGAAAAGGUUACAUCCAGAAUAUGGCUCUAACAAUAUUGACUCCUCCACCAAAAUGGAUACCAACAAAGCUCGUUUGGUUCUGGAAAAGGAUGAUCUUGGUCUCAAUCUCAUGCCUCCGUCCACAUGUUAGCUUUCUUUUUUAAGCUUUUCUCUUGAAUUGGUCCUAUUAUCUUUAUUAUAUAAUAUGGGUUCUAGCUAGUUAGUCAGAUGAUAAUUUUAGUGUGGGUGGGUGGGUGUUUGUCUCUGUAAUCGUCAGUGUAUAUAUAGUGGGGUUAAUACUAUCCAUGUUAGUUCCUACCGCAGGUGGGUUUUGGUUAGAUAAGUAGUAGUUUAUUAUUUAGGAUCUUCAAAGUAAUUAGUAAUGAAUUAAAAUGGACCGAUACCAUCGUUUUUUUUUUAAUUUCUUUUCUCUUUUUCCUACGACAUUCGGAGAUGCAUUUAAUUGGUUUGUUGCUCUCUUUCAUUCUCAUAUCUUUCUGGUUCAUGCUUCAGUUUCUAAUUUACAUGUUUUAUCUGAGAGUUUCAGUUUCAUUAAUGUAA